AGGAUGUUCAAAAAAGUGCUUGGCAAGAAUUCACCACCGUAGAACAAACCAUCCAGGAACAAGCCCAUGUCAUAGAAACAAUGAAGGAAGAUUAUGAAAAAGAGAUUGAAAACCUAAAGAAGGUGAUAAAGGAGCAAGAAGAAACCAAUUUGAUUUUGAAAAAUGAGGUUCCCAUGACACAUUAUCAUUUGUAUAAAGAUAAGUAUAAGUAGGAGGUGGAGAUGUCUGUGUGAAUUUGACAAUGUUUUAUAUGAUUGUUUUGAUAAUAAAAUACGGACGUUUUAUGAA